ACACCUCCUCUGCAUCCUCAAGUCACCUCCUCUCCUCUGUAAAAACCUUAAACCCUUUCAAUGGCUUCCUCAACAUCCUUUUACUGUUCUGCUCUCAUACUUUCAGUUGUAUUACUAGUAGCAAACCCAUCAAUGGCAACAACAAGAAAACUAUCAGCUCUAGUAGAACAAGACCCACUUCUUCUGAAAUACCACAAAGGAGAACUACUCAAAGGAAAUCUAAUUGUGAAUCUCAUCUGGUAUGGUAAAUUCACACCAACCCAGCGUUCGAUACUUAUUGAUUUCGUUCAAUCAUUAAGUCCAUCAAGAACUUUAAUCUCUCCUUCGGUUUCAUCAUGGUGGAAAACAACUGAGAAAUACAAAACCGGUUCAUCAAAAAUCGUAUUGGGUAAACAAAUCAUCGAUGAGAAAUACCGGUUUGGUAAAUCACUGAAGAAUGUUCAUAUCGUUUACUUAGCUUCUCAACUGAAGAUGCAGAACUCGAUUAAUGUUGUUUUUACUGCCAAAGAUGUUACUGUUGAAGGUUUCUGUAUGAGUAAAUGCGGUUCUCAUGGUUCAGCAAGUAUUGGUAAAACCAAAGAUAGUAAGAAAUUUGCUUAUAUAUGGGUGGGUAACCCGGAAACUCAGUGUGCGGGUCAAUGUGCUUGGCCAUUUCAUCAACCGAUUUAUGGUCCGCAAUCACCACCUUUAGUUUCACCUAAUGCUGAUGUUGGAGUUGAUGGAAUGGUUAUCAAUUUAGCUACUGUUUUAGCUGGUACCGUGACGAAUCCGUUUAAGAAUGGGUUUUUUCAAGGUCCGGCAACUGCUCCACUUGAAGCUGUUUCAGCUUGUACUGGGAUUUUCGGAAAAGGUGCUUAUCCGGGUUAUGCAGGUGAUGUGUUGACGGAUAAAGUUACCGGUGCUAGUUUUAAUGCUCGUGGUAUAAAUGGCCGGAAAUAUUUGCUUCCUGCUAUGUGGGAUCCUAAAACUUCUACUUGUUUAACACUUGUUUGAACACGGUGGUGGUGGAGUGGUGGUGGUGGUGGUGGGAUUAUAAAGAUUUUAAUCAUGGGAAUAGUGAAUCUUCUCCGUGCUGCCUUGUAAAUGGGUUUCUUGAUCUUUUUCUUUUUUCGUUGUAAAUGUUUGUGUGCAAGGUAAAAUAUUCCAGAAAGAGUCGGUAGUAAUAAUAAAUAUAUGUAGCAGUUUUCUGUAAGAUCGGAAUGUUUGCAAGCUUUUUUCUUUUCA